GCUAACGAUUGUCAAUAAGUGACACAUUGGACAGUAAAUAUAACCACAAUGUUCAAGUUCUUUUACCACAACCAAAACAAACAUAAACCCUGUAAUUGUUAGUAAAAAUGUCUUGUCCUGGGUUAUAUUGCGGGAGAAUUCUUUUAGAAAAUGGGAAACUGAGCGACUGCGGCUCGUGCCCCCUUGGGUAUCGAAGAAAUGCCACAACUUUUAUAUGCGAACCAUGUUUAAGUAGUCCUGGACUCUACGACUGGUUGUAUUUUGGUUUUGUGGUAUUUAUCAUGCUAAUUUUGCACUGGUUUUUCAUAGACAUGGUUUCAAUGAGACGAAGUUUUAGCAAGAAUGUCCUAGUUCUACACGCAUCAGCCUUCUUUGAAGUCCUGAUUUCAUGUCUAUUAGCUGUACUGUCUCUGAGUCCAAUUGGAGAGUUUACAAUUUAUAGUUGCCACAGCAAGUCUUUGUCGGAUUGGUAUACAUUACUUCACAAUCCCACUCCAGACUAUGGAGACAAGGUUUACUGCACCCAAGAAGCAGUUUAUCCUUUAUACACCAUUGUUUUUCUAUUUUACGUCCUUUCCUUGGUUUCUAUGUUGUUGGUAAGGCCAUGGUUAUGUAGGAGAUAUUUACCAAGACAGGGCAAAAUGGCUAUUUAUGCUGCCAUGUACUUCAUUCCAAUUCUAAUUUUAAUUCAUGCUGUUAUAGGGGGAUUAGUAUAUUACUCAUUUCCCUACCUCUUAUUGGUAAUAUCAGUUAUAUCAUGUGCAGCACAUUUUGCUGUUAGAAUGGAGCAAAAUAUACCUGCUCUCAUUCGCUCUACAAUAACGCAGCCUAGAAAUAUUGUCAUCGUCUUGGGACACUGGUGUCUGCAUGCUUAUGGUAUUAUUUCGUUAACUCAACUGGAUAAACCUCUAAUGCAUGGUCUGUUGCUGUUGCUAGUACCUCUUCCAGCAUUGUUUUAUAUAUUUACAGUCCAAUUUACAGAUCCCAAUAAGUUUUACUUAUAGCAGAAGACUGUGUUUAAAAAGACCAAAGAUGAUUCCGGCAAUUACGUUUUUACCUACAUAUUCGAGCAUAAUGUUACUAGCGGAGGUCUGAGACGCCACCUUAGUAGGUAUCAAGGACCAGGACGUAGAGGUAGACGACCAUUAGUGCCCAGAAGUCCAACAACUGAUGCAGGAGGAAAGACAUUAAUGGAGUAAGAAUAUCUACAUAACAGUAAAUCUAGGAGGUAUUUAAAAAUAUUAUUUGCAGAACUGAGGACUGCAGAACUGAGAAUUUCUUUCUCUAUGAGUAAGUCUGAUCAAAUCAGCACUCAUUAGUCAUCAGCUUCCAUUCCCAGGUCAUUAACCGUUUUCAAUUUUCACUAAUUGGCAGGGUUUCCUUUCAAAUUAUUGGAAUAUUUGGUUGUGUAAUUAAAUCUCCUUUUUUAUUA